GGUUAAAAUCCCUUCGUUUAGCACCGUGCCGUCAUUGGCCCAAGUAACACAGAGAUAGCUUCGAAACUCUGAUCGGAUACGCAAGAGUUUUCAAUUUGACGAACGAAGAUUAAAAAAAAAAAAAACAAGCCUGUUCAACUCAAAGACCUGAUAAUUGUUCCUUUUGUCUGAGCUGAAAGACUUGAGGACUUCUAAAGAUGUUGGCCCUUCAUCCUGCAAAAAAGUUAUCAUUUAAUCGACCAAUUAAUAAUGGGGAUUUGGUUAUUGUUUAUGAAAGGCAUGACAUUAUGAAGGCUGUAACAGUGUCUGAGGGAUCAGUCCUGCAAAAUCGUUUUGGUGUUUUUAAACAUUCGGAAUGGAUAGGAAAGCCGUUUGGGUCUAAAGUAGUCAGCAGUAAGGGUGGCUUUGUGUACUUGUUAGCUCCCACACCAGAAUUGUGGACUCUGGUAUUGAACCACAGGACUCAGAUUCUGUACAUUGCAGAUAUUAGCUUUGUUAUCAUGUACUUGGAGAUUGUUCCUGGUUGCGUGGUUCUUGAAUCUGGAACUGGAAGUGGAUCGUUGACUACUUCGCUUGCAAGGGCAGUUGCUCCUUCAGGACACGUCUAUACGUUUGAUUUCCAUGAACAAAGGGCUGCAUCAGCUAGGGCUGAUUUUGAGAGGACAGGUCUAAGCAGCUUAGUCACUGUGCAAGUUAGGGACAUUCAGGGUGAAGGAUUUCCUGAUACCUUUACUGGCAUGGCUGACUCUGUAUUUCUGGAUCUACCUCAACCUUGGCUUGUCAUCCCUUCUGCUGCAAAAGUAUUAAGACAUGAUGGCACACUGUGCUCUUUCUCUCCUUGUAUCGAACAAGUACAGCGAACAUGUGAAACACUCCGAACCUGCUUCACAGAUAUAAGGACAUUUGAGGUACUCUUACGCACAUAUGAAGUUCGGGAAGAGAAAAUGCAAAGCUUAUGUGGGGAUGGCAAUGGUUCUCUUCCUAGCAAGAGGAGACAAUGCUCUGAUGGAAGCUAUGUACUAAGCAGCAGCAGUCCAUCUAUUUCUUCUGUCAUGGCUAGACCUUGUGGUGAAGCUCGAGGUCACACAGGCUAUUUGACAUUUGCAAGAGUUAAAUCACUCUCAUGAAGAGUGCUAUCAUGUCCAUCACAUUUGUGAAUCUCCUUUCGGUUUGAACCUCAUGCCAUAGGUUAUUUUUGUUUGUUACAAUACAGCAUGCCUAUGAUUCAUACCUUGGUCCAUGAAGCAAAGCCCGCCUCUUUUUUGCAGAUUAGUAAUCAUCGAUAAAUAUUUUGUGCUUCUUCAUUUUAUUUACAAAUAUUUAGAGGGAUCAAGCUUCUUAACUUAGUUGCAUUGGUUCAACAAAGUGGUUAGAGAUCUCUGUCAUCAUUAUUGAGAUUGAUUUUCUGUCUCCCAUUACGUUGAGAAUUUCAUGUUUGAACAUUGCCUUCUAUAAUUUUAUACAUUAUGCUGAAAGCAAAAA